AACUAUUCAAAAUUUCCCUUCACGUUGUCUUUUAAUGAGAACUUCCUAAUAAUUGAAUUUUUCCCUUCACACUGGGCGUAGGGCGUAAGUUGUUUACUAAACAACAUUUUCAGAUCAUUGGAUGACGUCUGCUGCGGCGAGAAGGUGCGUGCCUGACCGGAGUAUAGCCAUACCAGGUAAAAAUAGGCCUUACCACCUGUACUAUUAUGGAAUUCACUUUUCUGCCAAGAUCACAAUCUCGGCUAAACAGGUGUCUUUUGAAAUCACUGCAUGAUCUCUAUCAAGGAUUUAGGCUGAACAUUGUAGUUGCCACAAGCUGUUAGUGAAAAAAAAAAACGCGCGAGUGCAUCCACGGACGAUUGAUAAAUCACAAGGACGUCGUCUGCUACGUACGACAGAAAUCUGGACAGUCUUUCGCUAUUCUACUCGUGUCAGUGUGUGUUUACAUUGUCUUAGAGUAUUUCAAUUUGAUUUGGCACUGUGCCCCACAUUAUAUCAGGUCUCAAUGUGAAUUCAAAGUUCUUGCUCGAUCCAUACAUCAUUCAACUUGACUUUGUUCUGUGAAGUAUACGACUCAUUGUGGAUGAUAGGCCUAUAUACGUUCAGUAAAUGUUAAGAGCAUUGGUGUGACUUUAAUUUUCUUGGUACAAUGGCGACAUUAAAGGAAGUGGCCUUGCGAUACUCCCCGUUAUCAACUGACCACGGAGAUGAAAUCGAAGAAAAGACAGUCGAUGAGAUCAUGGAAUACAAAGGAUGUACGAUGUCCACUGAAUCGAUUCCAAGGAGUUCAAACUGCACAAGCAUUGGCCUUCAGGCAUGCGCAGUUGAUAUCAGACGUAACGUAUUAGAAGCCAACUCUAUCACAUCUUUACCUUCGAGUCUUCUCGAGACAUCAUCCGUAAAGACAUCGGCAUUAUCCGGAACGAAUCGGAAACUCUCUCUCAAUGACUGUUCGAGCAAACUCUUUGACUCACCAAAUCGAAAAGCUUCGAUUCCGUUUGACAUUGGUCGGAAAAUUUCGCUCCAUGACAUCUCCGUCCCUCCUAAAACUUCGUAUUCUUCUCGGAAAUCUUCGUUGCCAGUCGCUGUUGACCGAAAGAUUUCUCUUGGAGACUGCAACAGUUUGAUCACCUCAUCUCGGAAAACAUCGUUGGCACUCGAUCAAGAUCGGAAGAUUUCGUUGAACGAUAGUAUCAGCUCGGUUACUUGCCGAAUUUGUCUCGAUGGAGAAAUCCCUGGAGAACAACUUGUUAAUCCGUGUUUAUGUACAGGUAGUGCGAGUCACGUGCAUAUCACGUGUUUGAAAAAGUGGCUAAUGACCUCCGGAAGUAAUAUUUGUGAACUCUGUCAAUAUGAGUUGGAUGUCGGUUGGAAGUCAACAUCGAUGUGGAAGGCGCUCAAGGAGCUUUCAAACGUUCGUAUGACCAAUCGUAAGAUAUGUUGGGCCUUGCUAGUCUCCAUCUCAGCCCUCACACUACCCCUUUUCUGUAUUUGUAUAUUUGUUUUGGAUGAUGAGGAUUUAAGACUACAGCUCAGCCAACCAGCCAGUAUGGCCGUUUCCUAUGGUGUGAUAUUAAUCUCCUGUGCUGCCUACCUCACCCUCCUAUUCAUGGUGGCUUACCUGACCUGGAAAUGGGACUUCUGCCCGAGUAUGUCAAGAUGUCACUUCCCGACCGAGAUCGAAAUCCGUGUCGAAAGUCUGGAGGAGAGGUUAAAACGAGGACGAACGCGAAGAGAUGGUUACUAUAGAAACACCACGCCCAUUCUGAACCAUGAUGAGAAUGGCGGAGAUGGUCGAAAUGAUGGUUUUAUGGAUCCUUACUGGAUGAAUGGGGGAGGGUAUAUCUAAUAUUACACUCUAAUCAUGAUUACUAGCCCUGAUGGUGUACUAUGUGGUUGAUUGGAUUGACCACCUCAUGAUCGAGCCAUAACGAAUGGACAAUCUCCUUUUUUUUAUACAAUGCGUAUCAAAAAAAGUUUAUACUUAGAACAAUCCUGUAAAGUCAUACAUUGGUCAUAUCCUGAAGAUUUUCCCACAUUUUAAAAUUGGUACAGAUCCAUUUUUAGCAAAUGACGAUAUAUUCCUGCCGA